GUGUGCUGCAGACCUCACAGUGUUUUGACAAAAACUACAUCGAGAGGUUCAAUGUCAGGCGUUAGUCAAACAGCAAGUCCAGUUGAAGAGCGUGGGCCGCCUCCAGGGCAAGCACCUGUUUUAAGCUCGCACGGAUCAAUAGGAUCUAUUACAAGUGCUGUUAGUACGGGUUCCACGAGCUCAACUUCAGCUCAUGCACCGAUAUUGUCUAGUGAUGUUAACGGAUCUGAUAUUCAUCAAUUGCAGCGAAGAGAUUCACAAGUAUCUCAAUCAAGCGCGACUAGUAAUGCACCACCUGCAAGCCGUCGUUUUGAUGAACCACCACCAUUACCACCAUCAAGAAUUUCUUUUCAUCGUCAAGGAAGUCAAUCUCAAGCAACUCCUAGUGAAGAUACUGAAGAUACGAUGAAAAAUUUGCGAAAAACUUUUGCAGGUAUAUUUGGUGAAAUGUAAAGAAAAAAAAAGGCAAUUAAUUAUAUUAAAAAUAUGAUAUUGUCAUUGUUAUAUCAUAAAAUGUUUUCAAUGCCAAUACUUGAUAACACUUCACAUUAAUAAAAAUGAACGAAAAAAAACUGAAUUUAUAAUGUAGCUUCAUAUUAUCGUAAGUUGAGCUGUAAGCAAAAAUUAGCUGUCAAGCAAGACUGAAAUAGAAAAAUAGUCAAAGAUUUUCUAAAUAGUAACAAUGUACUCAUUUACCAUAUAUUUAUAAUUUGACCCAACACAAUAGAUCGAAGCAAUUAGUUGUAAUAAACUAAACAAAAUAGAAUACGAAUAUGAUGAUUUAGAUAUCAUUAAUAUUUAGUUAUGGAACACAUAAACCAUAUUUAAAUGACAAAUAAUAUUACAUAAUAGAAAAUGAUUGCAUUUGAUCAUUUUGAUUCUAGUUCAUAUUUACAAAUUGUUACCAGUUAAUAAGAUAAGAUAAUUAUUGAUUUAGAAAGACAUAUAUGCAAAAUGAUUUACUGUUUCUAAUGAUUGACUGAUAAAUAAAUCGAUGUUUCAGCUUUUA